AAAGAAAAAAAAAUUAAAAUAGGUUACCUAAACGAUGUAUAUUUUGGAAAAUUAUUUAAUUUUUAAGAAGCAUUAAAAUAAAGUUUUACAAUUCAUUUGCUUUUUAAGUAUAUUGAAGUUUUCUUCCCAUAUUUAGGUACAUUCUGAGAAAUGUUUAACAGUGAGCGAAUUCAAGGAAUCACAACUUCAGCAAAAAGUGUAGAGAAUUUUUUCAAUUUUCAAUCGAAGACGACGACGACAACGACAACGACAACGAAAACAACAAAUCAAACGAAACAAAAUUGUGUUUCCAGUGCACGGAAAACGUUAAUCACGAGGGAACAUUUCAACAACCAAAAAGCAAGAUUACAGGACGUCAAGAUAACAAAGGGACGGAAACCAAGAAAGUUGAGGGACAAUCCAAUAAGAAAGAAAAAGAAAGUAUUGAUUAUAAAGAUCCUAAGGGAUUUGAAAAGAAAACUGCACCUGGAGCAACGGCUGAGUCGAAGACUCCAGAGACUAAAAAGCCUUCUGAAUCAAACAACGACCUACAAAACGCUGAAGAAAAAGAAGUCUCAAUGCGACUCUUCUCCGUAGGUGGAAAAAUUAUUUUUACUGAAGAUUCAGAUGAAGAGUCUGUAGUUCCCGAGGGAUUGUCAAGAAGAAAGACCUAUAUAUUAAUAGGAUGGGAUCAUCUUCGUUCAGUGAUUUUAAUUUUUCUUUUAAUAAUGUUUAUUUUGUGGGCGUCAAUUUAUUUUCCAUUAAUGGCCAACGUCUAAUCAAAUCUAAAAAAAUUCUUUCAAUUAUUUCACAAAUCACAUUAUUUUUUUGUCACUAUAAUAUAACAUAUAUAUAUUAAAAAUAAAUACUCUGUGUUAGUAUAUAAUUAAAAAAAAAAUAAAUAAAAAUAAAUCACAUUGUACUAA